AUGAAAUCCCAAUCGGCAACUCAAACUCCAUCGACAUCUUCGAAGUCGACUCCCGUCGAUGGUAUAUGCAAGGUUACUACAAACCCUACAAAAUGCGCUAAGGUUCUUACUCCAUUGUUAAGCGGAUCAUCAACGGAUCCCGCUUCAGUUCUCAACUUGAUUAUAGACACCGCGUCUAAGAAUGUAAAAAUUGCAGCUUCCGUGACCGAUAGAGCGAAAAACGCUCCAUCAAUACCGGAGGAAAUGUCCGAGCCCCUUAGGAUUUGUUCAGAAUCUUAUGCUGGGGUUAUUGCGAACCUUGUUAAGUCUCAAGACGUUAAAGCUGUUAAUGGUGCACUUUCAGGUUCCAUUGCAUCUAUAAAUGCGUGUGAUAAAUCUUUUGCUGAUCAUCCACACAAUAGAUCACCCGUCAAGGAGAUUGAUGCUACUAUAGUCGAAUUGCUCGGAUAUGGAGUGGAUAUUUCUAAGAGCUUAAUUAAAUAA